UUAUGUGUCCUCUCUUGAUUGGACGCAUGUAGAGUUUUGGGGAGGUGAUGGGUGGUCCUUGUCCACCUUUAAAAGCAGGUGAUCCGGAGGGUUGUAGGUACCUUCACUGGGUUUCAUCUCGUUGGUACAAGCUGCAUUAUGUCUAAACCAAGAGAUUACAGCAGCCAGACCUACUCCCCCGGCAGCACCGGACCGGUGAAGAGCUACCCGACCAACUGCACCAUCGACCCGGCGGGCAAAUCCAGGGAGAAGGACGACAUGGUUGGACUCAACGACAAGUUCGUCAGGUUGAUUGACAAGAUGAAACACCUGGAGGAUGAGAACAAAAAGCUCGACACAAAGCUGAAGAUCCUCAAGGAGCAGGAGGACUAUGACGGGAAAAUCGACGACAUCGUCAAUCAGCUGGAGAGCGAGAUGGAGGAGCAGAUUGGGAACUUGCUCCACGACCGGGAGAAACUGCAGGCUGAGCUGCUCAGGGACCAGGAGGAGGUGGAGGACACCAAGAAGAGGUAUGAGCAGGAGCUUAUAGAAAAAUCUGGAUUGGAGAGUGAGUUUAUCAUCAAGAAAAAGGAUGUAGAUGAAGGUCACUUGGAGGCAGUCGAUCUGGUUCUGGAGCUGGAGGACGUGAUGGGAAAACUGGACUUCCUCAGGGUUGGCUACGAUGAGGAGAUCAAGGAGCUGCAGUCGCACGUCCAAAACGAGACCGUGGUCUUACGCGACAACAGACAGCGGUCACUGGACAUGGACGAGAUCGUCGAAGGUGUCAAGAAUCAGUAUGCCAACGUGGCCUCCCGCACCAGGAAGGAAGCCGAGCAGUGGAACCAGACUAAGAUGGAUGCCAUGGUCUUAAAUGCAGGACAGCGUGAGCAGGAAGUGCGUGAUUUAAGGAGGGAGAUCUCAGACCUGGUGCGCCACAUCCAGAGACGCAACGGGGACCUGGAGGCUCUCAGAAGGAAGGAAGAGUCCCUGCUGAAGGACAUCAGCGACAUGAGGACAGAAAGCGACGACAACCUGAAUAGGGCUCGGGAGGACGUCGCCCUGCUGGAGGAGGCCUUGAGGCGGGCCAAGCUGGAUUUGGCCGGACAGGUUCGCGAAUACCAAUCGCUGAUGAGCCUCAAGCUGGCCCUGGAUAUCGAGAUUGCCACCUACCGCAAGCUGCUGGAGGGCGAGGAGCAGAGAAUGAACGACCUCAUGCGCAAUAUUUCUAAAAACAACCCAACCAAUCCAAGUCCUUACUUGCACAUAGACGCUCGCCUGCCAUUGAAGCAACACCUGCCAGAGAAGCCACGAAGCCCAAAACCCACCGUUGUCCCGGCGGCGUACCCCGCCUCCAAGAAACGCCUGCUGAUCCGGUUGGACGUGGAGGAGGGCAGAGUUGUGUCCGAAAGCUCUCAUUACACUGAAGAUUGACCGGCACUGUCCAUCACCCUUCUGUCUGCAGCAAUACAGUAUAUCCGCAAAAUGUGAAUUUAAAAAGUAAAAAAUUAAAGGUGCUAUUGAUAACAUUGAUAACAUUCACUUCACAACAAGUGGUUGCCAGGCACUUAACGUCAAACUCGUUGUUUUACUAUUGGCUCACAAGUCUUGUUAGAAGUUGGAACCAAACCUCAGAUAUCUUCCGAAGAGAUAAACAAAACAAUAAUUUUGGACCCGCCAAAUUUUUUUAAAUAAUUAAUUCACAAUGAUAAUAUUUUUUUUUAGGAAAAGCCAUGCUUUUAUUCGGCACCUUUCUAAAAGCUUAUUUUUAAAUAUUCGUCUACAUAAAAAUGUUAUCAAUAAUACAUUUAAACUCUUCAAGAAUCAUCAUGAAAGUGCCUUUAAAUGCAAUAAUCAUUAUGCUUCGUUUGUGUGCUUUCUGGUCUGAAGAUAGUUUCUUGGUAGGUUGAGUGUUUUUGUUUCGAGAAUCUGUGCUUGAAGUUGGGGACAUUUUAUUUAUGUCAAGGAGUGUUUGCAAAAAAGGUUUUCUUAUCUUUGUUUUCCUUUGCAAGAACUUGUCUUCCUGGUAUCUGGUUCAGCUUUCUUGCAGUUGGUUCUCUCAGACCUUUGUGAGCUAAAUAAGAUUUUGUCUUUGUGAAAAAGAAAAUGAACAAUAAGUUAAUUUCAGAGUGUUUCUGUUCUGUUUCUUAUUCACAAAAAUAAUGUUUCCUAGACUAACAAGAGGUCACAUUAAGGGGCCCGUUAAUGGCUUUUCAUACUCAAAUAUGUCAAAAAGAAUCACAAGGAAAUCAGAGGGCAUUACAGAGUUUACUGUUAGGGUGACGAGUAUUUGCAAUGGAAAACAAUUAAUAAAUAAAGCGUCAUGAACAA